AUGGCAGAGUCCGGGUCCCUGCCCACAGGAUUUGGGGAAAUGGAGGUGCUGGCUGUGGGGAUGGUGCUGCUGGUGGAAGCUCUCGCCGGUCUCAGCCUCAAUAGCCUGACCAUCCUCUCUUUCUGCAAAAACCCGGAGCUUCGGACCCCUAGCCACCUGCUGGUGCUGAGCUUGGCUCUGGCGGACAGUGGGAUCAGCCUGAAUGCCCUCAUUGCAGCCAUAUCCAGCCUUCUUCGGCGUUGGCCCUAUGGUUCAGACGGCUGUCAGGCUCACGGCUUCCAAGGCUUUGCAGCAGCAUUGGCCAGCAUCUGCAACAGCGCAGCCAUUGCUUGGGGGCGCUAUCAUCACUACUGCACCCGCAGUCGAUUGGCAUGGGACACAGCUGUAUCCUUGGUGCUCUUCGUGUGGCUGUCUUCUGCCUUCUGGGCAGCACUGCCGCUCCUAGGCUGGGGCCACUAUGGCUAUGAGCCUCUGGGGACAUGCUGCACCCUGGACUACUCCAGGAGGGACAGAAACUUCACCAGCUUCCUCUUCACCAUGGCGUUUUUCAACUUCCUCCUGCCCCUCUUCAUCACACUCAUAUCAUACCGGCUCAUGGAGGAGAAACUUGGGAAGACAGGCCAUCCCCAGGUAAACACCACUCUGCCAGCCAGGAUACUGCUGCUCGGCUGGGGCCCCUAUGCCCUCCUGUAUCUGUACGCAGCCAUCACAGAUGUGACCCUCAUCUCCUCCAAGCUGCAGAUGGUACCCCCUCUUAUGGCCAAAAUGGUGCCCAUAGUCAAUGCUGUGAACUAUUUCCUGGGCAGCGACAUGGUCCACAGAGGAAUCUGGCAGUGCCUCUCAUCACAGAGAAGUGAGCGGGACCGAGCACAUUGA